CUUAACACUUAAGAUUUUUAUGACCAUAAUAACAACAACAACAUAAACAUAAUUACAUAACCAUCUCCUACUACUACUACUACUUAGCUACCUCAUUUACUUACUAUUUUUAGUCCCUUUUUUUAUUUUGUAUAAUCUAUGUAUAGUUAAUAAUAUCAACAACAAAAAACAUGGAGAUUGAGUCUUCUACUUCGUUACAACCCAAUGACCCUAGAGGCUCUCACCGGAGUUACAAGAAUGCCGUCUACGAAGACGACAACGACUCGGAAACGAGCGGUGGCGGUAGCGGUGGAGGUAACGGUGGUGCAGGGGUGGCGUAUCUAGUAUGGGAGGAUCUCACGGUGGUGUUACCAAGUUUUGGUAAUAAGCCUACUAAAAGGAUACUUCAAGGGAUUAAUGGGUAUGCUGAGCCUGGUAGGAUUAUGGCUAUUAUGGGCCCAUCUGGUUCGGGAAAAUCUACACUUCUUGAUUCUUUAGCAGGCAGACUCUCGGCAAGCGUUGUCAUGACCGGAAAUGUUCUACUCAAUGGCAAGAAGAAGGGAAUACAAUACGGCGGUGUGGCAUAUGUGACACAAGAGAACGUACUACUAGGAACUUUAACAGUAAGAGAGACGCUCACUUACUCAGCAUAUUUGAGGCUUCCACCGAACUUGACCAAAGAAGAAGUCGAAGGGAUCGUAGAAGGGGCAAUAAUGGAAAUGGGUCUCCAAGAAUGUGCUGAUACGAUAAUUGGGAACUGGCAUUUGAGGGGCAUAAGUGGUGGUGAAGCAAAGAGAUUAAGCAUUGCUCUUGAAAUUCUCACACGCCCUCGUCUCUUGUUUCUUGACGAGCCAACCACCGGGCUUGACAGUGCUUCGGCUUUCUUCGUGGUCCAGGCCCUUAGGAGUGUGGCCCGAGACGGGGGUCGAACCGUGGUUUCUUCGAUUCACCAGCCUAGCAGUGAAGUUUUCACUUUGUUUGAUGAUCUUUGUUUGCUGUCUUCUGGUGAACUGGUCUAUUUUGGAGAUUUGAAAAAGGCUGUCUUGUUCUUUGCACAAGCUGGAUUCCCAUGUCCGAGUAAAAGAAAUCCAUCUGACCAUUUUCUGCGCUGCAUCAAUUCAGACUUUGACAAGGUCACAGCUACACUGAAGGGAUCAAUGCGAAUCAGACAAAUCGAGACAGUAUCAGACCCUAUGAUGCAAAUGGAAACAUCACAGAUAAAAGCAAUGCUUAUUGAAAAGUUCAGGAGGUCAGAGUAUGCAGAAAAGGUUCGAGUAAGGAUCCAAGAAAUAACAUCAAUGACAGGACUCCCAACAGAAGCACAGAAAGGUAGCCAAGCCAACUGGUGGAAGCAACUAACAACACUGACUAGGAGGUCUUUUGUAAAUAUGUCAAGGGAUAUCGGAUAUUAUUGGCUACGAGUGGUUGUCUACAUAGCAGUAUCUAUAUGCGUGGGUACCAUCUAUUUUGAUGUUGGCACUGGUUAUACCGCGAUCUUGGCUAGAGGAGCUUGUGGUGGAUUUGUAUCGGGUUUCAUGACUUUUAUGUCUAUUGGUGGUUUUCCAUCCUUCAUUGAAGAAAUGAAGAUCUUUUAUCGCGAGAGGCUCAGUGGGUACUAUGGAGUUGUUGUCUAUAUUCUAUCAAACUUUCUCUCCUCAUUUCCAUACCUGGCAGUAAUAGCAACUGCUUCAGGGACAAUAACUUGGUACAUGGUGAAGUUCCGUCCAGAAUUCUCUCACUACGUAUUCUACUGCCUAAGUCUUUUCGCGAGUAUUUCAGCAGUAGAGAGUUGUAUGAUGGUGGUAGCUUCACUAGUUCCCAACUUCCUUAUGGGACUUGUUACAGGAGCUGGAAUCAUUGGAAUUAUGAUGAUGACCUCAGGCUUUUUCCGACUGCUACCUGAUCUUCCUAAGAUUUUUUGGCGCUAUCCUAUUUCAUACCUGAGUUUUGGAUCUUGGGCAAUACAGGGUGGGUACAAAAAUGAUCUUGUUGGUCUCACUUUUGAUCCACUAGUACCUGGUGAUCCCAAGUUAACGGGGGCUUAUAUUGUCACAACAAUGUUCGGGGUUCCAUUGGACCGUUCCAAAUGGUGGGACUUGGGUGCAAUUUUCAUGCUCAUCUUACUUUACAGGGUUUUGUUUUUGGUCGUCUUCAAAAUCAGAGAAAAAGCAUCACCGGUUUUUCAGACAUUUUACAGAAAGAAGACCUUAAACCACCUUAAGAAGAGACCCUCUUUUAGGAAGACUGCUUUUCCUUCUAGAAGACAUCAACCUCAAUAUCCAUUGUCAUAUCAAGAAGGUCUAAGCUCUCCAUUACCCUAAAAAAAAGCCAUAGUACAUUUUCCAAAUUGUAUCCAAAGUGUCAACUCCGUAAGCUUAUUGUUCAUAGAAGAGUUCUAUCGUUGUGCAUUUUACCUAAGGUUUUGUCUCUCAAGACCUUCAACACAGAAAUGGUGGUGCUAGGGCCAUUGGAGACAGAUUUCAAGUUGAAGAGAAGUUUGAAUUGUCUUAAUAUAUAGGAAAGCAAAUGGAGUUACGAAGUUUUUUCUGUAACAGUAAUGCAACUUUAUACAGAAUACAUGUUGAAAAACCAAGACACAUAAUGCAGAAGAAAGAUUGUUUAUUCUUGUAA